AUGCCCAGCGGGCGCCCCAAGAUCGGCCUGGAUUCAUACAAAGAUCAGGUUAUCGCGCUCGUGCUCCAGAAAAACCCAAUUAGAGAAAAUCAUGACUUCGUCAACAAAGAGCGUGCAAAGGUUCUGGGCAUUCUUCUUUAUAAUGAGAUUGUCAACGGAGACCCUGAGUGGCGGAAUAUGCUAGGGAAUGAUUAG